AUGAGUUGGUCAAUUCAACUGUUCCUCUUGAUGGGAGGAAGAGGCGAAUGGCUGCAUGAGGAUGAGCACGGCAUGUUCGCACAGGUUCAAGUGGCUUCACUGCCAUUUUGGAAGAAUUUCGAGCACCUGGAGGUAGCUCCCAAGCGAUUCUGGAUUGAGGUCGGUGCUAACAACUACAACAACAUACAGCACUACCCUGAUUUCGGGGAUCAAGAUUUUGUACUCUCCUUCGAGCCCUUGCUGGACAAGUAUGCAGAAUUGCUGACUCGAUCUCAGCCCCGCAUACCAGGGCAGCGGCGCAAGCUGGGCUUCCAGAAUGACAGGGGUUUGGUAUUCCCCUUCGCCAUUGGAUGUGGAUCGCCCUUCGCUACCUUUACGGUCACGGAUCAUGACAGCUGCAGCUCCAUUCUUCCAACGAUGGACGGUGACUAUGAAGGUUCGAAACAUGAGCGAGAUGACGACUUCGAUUUCAAGGCACGUUGUGCCACAGGCUUAGAAACCCGACGAGUGCCGUGCAUCUCACUUGAGCACGUUCUGGAGGUGUGGCUGCCAGGCCAGGAGAUCUACAUAUUGAAAGUUGAUGCCCAAGGUGCAGACCUCUCGGUGGUGCAGUCGGCCGGAAAGAGCUUGAGGCAGAUCCAAAACGUGCAGCUGGAAGCCUUGUGUGAUCAUAGUCCAGCUGCGUAUGUGGGCGCUCCCAACUGUUCCAGGAUAUUGAUGUUCAUGCACAGAGCUGGAUAUUCAUGCCGAUGGCUAGAGGAAGAGAGGCCGCUGAGUUGUGGUCGGCCAGGAGCUUCGAUUUGCAAGACAUGCAAGGGUGAGAUUGAUCUCUACUUUGUUCGCAUGGACCGAGGCCGCAUUGCCAAGUUAGACCACCUCGUCAAGUCAGAGAAGUGGCCGCAAGGAGUUCUCACCACUGAAGACGGCCUCUUCUACGUAUGUCACUUCCAGGGGGAAGUACUGGUGCUAAACCAGGAGCUCGAAAAUGUGCGGAAGGCACUCCUCCCAAGGGAAGUGAGUAACCCGAGCCAGAUGGCCAUGGCACCCAACGGCGAUUUGGUUUUGGCCUGCGGCGAUGGGAGGGGCGGCGCAGUGGUUGCAGUGGUGGAUUCCAAAACCAUGGAGGCAAAAAGAUGGAUGAGACCAAAGGUGACCAGCGGGCGGGGCUUGGGCAUGGCGAUGGGUGGAGGUCGUGUUUACCUCUCUCACCGCUGGACCACUGGCGACUCUGCAGCUCGAACUGGCGACUCUGCAGCUCGAGAGAAGCGUUCGAAGUCCGUAGUUGUCUUCGACUUUGAGACUGGUGAGCAAGUGACCACCUUCGACGGCUUUCAACAUCCCUGUGGCCUUUGCGUGACGGACGACCGCCUCUUCGUGGCCGACCGCGGUGCCAACGAGGUCCGCGUGCUGGAUUUGGAGGGCAAUCCAUUGGACACCAUUGGAGGUGGCGAGUUGAAGAUUCCCAACGAUGUGGCGGUGGACAAUUGUGGCAACGUGCUGGUGAUGGACACGGGCAAUGAGCGUGUUGCAGUCUUUGCUCCUGAUGGGGAACUGGUGGCCAGUGUGCUGCCGGGCACCUUCAAGAACCGCGGCAACACCCAUAGCUACAUCACGGUGAACCCCUUGACUGGCACCAUCUCCGUGUCCAUGGAUGAUAUUCACCAGGUCGCCGUCCUGGCGCCACCAAUUUGGUUGGUCUAG